AUGGCGAGGCUGCCGGCGACGCACCAUGACGUCAGCGCGCCGGAACCGGAAGCGGUACCGACCGGAAGUUGGGGCGGCGGAGGGGUCCGGGCCGGAGCCGCUGCCAGUGGGAGCGGAGCGGGCCGGGCCGGGAUGUACACCCCGGGCGGGACCGGGCUGCCCGGUGGGCGGCGGCGGCGCGGGGCGGCGGGGAGCGGGCUGCCCAAGCAACCGGAGCGCAGCCUGGCCUCGGCGCUGCCCGGGGCCCUCUCUAUCACGGCGCUCUGCACGGCGCUGGCCGAACCCGCCUGGCUCCGUAUUCACGGCGGUACCUGCGCCCGUCAGGAGCUGGGCGUCGCCGAUGUCCUGGGCUACGUCGAUCCCGAGCUGCUCCGAGAUUACUGCAUGAACCCGCAGACCGUCCUGCUGCUCCGAGUCAUCGCCGCUUUCUGCUUCCUGGGAAUCAUCUGCAGCCUCUCAGCUUUCCUCCUGGAUGUCUUCGGCCCCAAGCACCCAGCAUUAAAGAUCACUCGUCGCUACGCUUUCGCUCACAUCCUUACGGUCCUGCAGUGUGCCACUGUCAUCGGAUUCUGCUACUGGGCCUCGGAGCUGAUCCUUGCCCAACAACAGCAGCACAAAAAAUACCACGGCUCCCAAGUUUACGUCACCUUCGCCGUCAGCUUCUACCUUGUGGCGGGCGCCGGGGGAGCCUCCAUCCUCGCCACCGCUGCCAACCUGCUCCGUCACUACCCCACCGAGGAAGAGGAGCAAGCCCUGGAGCUCCUGUCCGAGAUGGAGGAGAACGAACCUUACCCAGCCGAGUACGAAGUGAUCAACCAAUUCCAGCCGCCGCCAGCGUACACCCCCUGAUGCUGCCGGCACCGGGACACGGUCAUGGCUUUCUCCCACCUCCAGAUUUCACUUUCUCGGCACCUCCUUCACUCUUCUGAUCUCUCCUACACAGAGGAAAGAACUUUUUGGGUCAGAUGACCGGUAUUUUCUUCCUAUCCCUUAUUUUAUUAACUCCACGGUGUGAUUUUUAACCCUGCGCUGGCUCACCUGGCUGAAAUAACACCGCCGUCAUCCCCUGGCACGAGGGGCGGUGAGAUCUGCUCUUCCUCGUCAGAGAUCUCAUCCCCACCCCGUGCCAGGCAGGAAGGUGGGGGAAAAUCACGUUGAAUUCCCAACCCAGCGCGCGACGAACUUGAUCCUUCGUCCGCCGAGGCGUGACGUAUGCCCAGAGAAAGGCGUGGCGCACGCAUGUAUGUGUAUAUAUUUAUAGAUAUGUAGGGAAAACGCCCGCCGUGGCGUGCCGGUGGGAGAGGAACAGUCCUUUGUAGCAGCUGUACAGCAGGAGGAAGGUAGAGCAAACCCCCCCCACCGCUCUACCUGCUCCUCUUUUCCGACUGGCGCUGACCACACGAGCAUUUUGCACUUUAUUUCAGGCUCGGGGGGAGGACAGUGACAGUUUCGGGACCGGCUGCCGGGGACUGUCACCGCCGUCGAACCCCCGAGCGAGGUUUGUGAACAAGCGGCACAACGCGGGUUGAUUUUAAAGAAGUUCUUCUGAUGCCGGCGAUGGUUUUGGAGGAGCUCCGUCCCCCUUUGCCGCAGCAUCCGGCUCCUGUCGGCAUGUCACCGAGCAAAUCCUGGGGGUUUUUUAGCCAAGAUACGACCAGACUUUGGUUCAGCAACAGCUCCUGGGAAGCAGGUUGAGCCUGUGCUGGAAAAUCGGCGUCUCUGCCUGUAGCUUUUAUGCAAAUUCCUGAUCUCCACGCCAAUCGGACUCUCCUGCUUUUUGCUCUUCACUUUUAAUCUCAGUGUUUCUCUGACCCGCUCUUAGUUUAUGACCCCAUUCCCUCCGCAUGUCCCAAGAGACAACGGACCUCGAGGAGCGAACGUUUCCCCGGAUGGCGCUGGAAAGCCGAUCCGGUGCAUCCAGACCUGCAGCACAACCCGGAGGAGGUAGCUGGCAGGGACAGAGUGGGGUUUUUUGGGCUGUUUAAACCAAAUCAAAUAGGAAAAAACAAAUAAAAAUCACCCAGAAGGAUACGUCGACCCGAGUGCCCCGCACCAAAAAGCUCAAGGCUGGCUCCGCAGAGGGUGCGGUGGUUUAGGGAAGGAAUUUUAGGACAGGAAUACCGCUUGUUGUAGGUUCUCAACCAUCCCUCUAACACUUUUAUUACCUAUUUUCUUGCCCAGCUCGUCCCUUUCCCCCCCCACACCCACAGCAGCACUGGCUAUGCAAGAGCUUCGGCCGCUCUCCGGGGCUCAGGCUGUGGCGUGAAACCCAAAAGCUCAACCCGGGGAGAGCACUGCGAGACUCCGAGGAGUAAAAUCAGCCCCUUAAAACCCUCGAGGGUUUUGAUGGAAGGGUGUGGGGAGGAGGCAGCAGCGGGGAUUUUGGGGGGCUUAGGUGCCCUCGGGGCGGCUCCUCUUCCUCCUCCAUCCCACCUCUGGGUCCUCGGCCAAAGAAAACAUCCCCCGGCUCUGCCCUGGCGAGCCGGCUGGAAAAGGGUUUGGGUUUCCCCACCGGUGACUUAUAUGCAAGAGAGGGGCUUCGGUGUAAAUAGUCUGUGCAUAAACCUACUGUAUUUCUGUAAAAAAAACCCAAAAGAGAUGAAUGAUGUCA